AUCAAACUUCAGGCAAACUCCACCUCAGUCUUGAAGCAGAAGCACAACCUCUGUGAAGGAAUAUCCACCCCUUGGCUUGCUGAUCGCCAAGACUGGAGCUACAGGAAAGCUGCACGCAGCCUCAAUAGCAGGACUCAAAAACUCAAGAUUACUCAGAGCAACAUACAGUUUUAAUUGUGAGCCACAAGCAGGGAUGUUUUUGGGAAGCUUCAGAGCAAUGAAGAGGAAGCAGCUUUUCUGGGCAGCUCUCUGUGCUCUGAGCCUGCUUGAGGUAGUUUCUGGUGACCCAGACACCAACACCACUUCAGCACCAGAGACCUCUGCCACAGACACAACAUUUACUACAACUCCCCUGGUGACGACACCAGGAGCAAGUGAUGGUGAUACAACAAAGGCAGGCCCAGCAGAUACAAAGCCCAGCAGUCCUGCAGGAACUUCAGCACCGCCAUCUACAAAAACCGUAUCGAUAAACGAAACUACUUUGACGACGGUCAAUAUGACUGAAGCCCCCAGCUCAGCACCCACCACCGUGCGCAGCUGUGAUGGCGGCAAUGAGACAGAACCUCGGGCUACAAAUAUAUCUUCCACUCAACAGCCAGAAGUAUCAUCUCUUCCCAACGUGACACUGCCAAACACAACUCUGAAACCAGUCUGGACAACUACUACUGGCAGCACAAAGCACACUGUUUCCUCCGUUACCACGAGCCCAGGAAAUGAAAUUAGUAGUGGAACAGAGAUCAUCACGUGCCACAAUGUCAAGCACGUGACGAAGCCUCAUGUGAUAUGCCUGCAGCUCAACGCAUCCUACACAUGUGAUCACUUUAAAAUGAAGAUGGGAAGGAGAUUGUGGCAGCUGCUUUGUAAUGACUCCUCGGCCUCCUUGCACCCUGCUUCUCCCUGCCGCAUUGAACUGGCUAAAUCGGAGGUGAAACCCUACUGCAUGCUGCUUAUUCUAGGGGACACCGCAGACGCAGAAGGAAUCCUAAACCACCUCAAGAAUCCAAAGUCUGAUUUGAAAGAGCUCGGUAUAGAAUCCCACCAAAAGGAGGAGAUCUGGAAGCACCAGGACUUUUCCCGGAAGACGCUGAUUGCCUUGGUCACAUCUGGACUCUCGGUGGCGAUUUUGGGUUUGGCUGCAUACUUCCUUAUGAAACGACGGAGCUGGAGCCCCACGAGAGAGAGGCUGGGCGAAGACCCCUAUUACAUGGAAAACAGCAGCCAGGGAAACACGCUGAUCUCCGUGGGCGCCCAUGAGCAGCCAGAGCCGCAGGAGAAGCCGAAUCUCAACGGAGGAGCUCAGGAGAACGGGACUGGCCAGACAGCCUCGAAAAACGGACGCUCUGCCAGGCCGCGCGUUCUGGCCGACACGGAGAUGUGAUGUGCGCAGGGCAACGGCGUCUUCAGUGUGGUUUGAAAGGGGAGGGGGGAAGAGGGGAGGCGAGCAAGGACAGGACCCUCCUGGCCAGGCCGGGAAUUACACACCUUUUUUUCUACAACGAACUCGAAAGCCGCAGUCUACAGAGCGCUCUGCCCCAUUGGCGAUGCAGCUCUGCAUGGUACAGGGCAGCACUGCUGCAGCCUGGCGCUGCCCAGGGCUUAGGGCAGGGCUAGGGUGGGGCUAUCUAUGGACCUGGUUUUGCUCUUCCAGUAGCCAAGAGCAGGAUGGGGUGGACGUAGAACGACCCAGUAUCCAAAUCCCUCAAGCAAGGGGGGGGGGCACAUACCAAAACCCAGGGGCAGCGUUAGCAUCCCAAGAAAGCAGCUCAGCACAGGGGAGGGGAGGGGAGGGGAGGCCACAAGCUGGCAUCCACGUUUGGGUUCAACCCCUCUUGAGCAGGUUGAGCGCAUCUCUGUCCCUCCAACACAGGUUGCUCUGAAUUAACCAGGCUGCAGCACAUGGGGACGUGGCCUCCCUCACCUUCCUCGGGAUGCAGGUGUCUACCACUGCCACUAAGGGGUGAGCACUAGCCACCAAAAGCUGGAUCCAGACCUCAAACAACCCCAAAUCCGGGGGAAGCAUUUGGACCCUUGAUAGCAUUGAUAUCUGGCUUCCCAUUAUCAUCCGGUCCAGUGUUUUGGGGUCUUUGGAUGGGACGGUUUGUUUUCAUCUCAUCUCUGUAUUAAAUGCAUCUCUUUCUUUCUUCCUUCAAGAACACGAGUAAAUUAAUUCCCUUUCUUGUGCCUUA